UCUUUCUUUCUUUCUUUGUUACUCUUUCGACGAUAAUGUGCGUAUGAUAUCGAGCGUCGAGCUUACAUCUGGAAAUUAUUAUUUGUUGGAAAGACGUGAACGUCGUCGUCGCCAAUAAAAAGACCCUAUUGGAUACCAUCGAAGAUGCCGUGCGUCGGGACGACGACGCCGUUCCUCAUCCUCACGAUAUUCGCUCUAACAGCGAAAGGGCAACUACGAUCGCCACGGAUAACGGAACAUCCAUCGGACAUAAUCGUGGCAAAGCACGAGCCGGUGACGUUGAACUGCAAGGCCGAGGGUAAACCGGAUCCCGUGAUAGAAUGGUAUAAGGAUGGCGAGCUCGUGCAGACGUCACCAGGGGACGCCAAGUCCCACCGGGUGAUUCUUCCCACGGGAUCCCUCUUCUUUCUUCGAGUUAUGAACGGGAAGAAGGAACAGGACGGUGGUGUUUAUUGGUGCGUCGCGAGGAAUCAGGCUGGCUCGGUACCUAGCAGAAAUGCCACCCUCACUGUUGCUGUACUACGAGACGAGUUUCGGACAGAACCACAGAACACAAGGGUGGCUGCUGGAGAAACCGCCAUGCUAGAAUGCGGACCACCCAGAGGUCAUCCGGAACCAACCCUCCAUUGGAAGCGGAACGGUCACGUUAUAGACUUGGAAAGCAACAAACGAAUUACUCUUGUCGACGGUGGAAACUUGUUGAUCUCUGACGUAAGGCAGACGGAUCAAGGAAAGUAUCAAUGCAUUGCCGAAAACAUGGUCGGAGUUAAGGAAUCAGCGAUUGCGUCGCUCACUGUAUAUGUGAAACCAUACUUCAGCGCCAUACCAAGCAACCAAACUAUUCUGACGGAUCAAACCGCAGAAUUUGCUUGUCGAGUGGGUGGCGAUCCACAACCAGAUAUCUUAUGGCGUCGUAACGAUGGAAAGAUGCCGAUUGGCCGAGCUCACAUUUUGGAUGACAAAAGUUUGCGCAUCGAGAGGGUAAUACCCGAGGAUCAAGGAACGUAUAUAUGCGACGCGGAGAACGAAGUCGGCGCUAUUUCGGCGAGUGCGGUACUCACCGUUCAUUCGAAGCCGGUGUUCGUGAACUUUCCGAAAGACGAAACGGUUAGUACCGGAUCGGAUGUAUCUUUUUCGUGUUCCGCUCGUGGUUCUCCGAAGCCAUCGAUAUUUUGGACCCGUGAGGGCUCUCAGGAGCUGAUGUUUCCGGGAAACACUUAUCAGAGUAGAUACACGGUCACUCAGGACGAAAGUUUGCGCAUAAAAGGUGUGAUAAGGAAAGACGAGGGCCAUUACGUGUGCAGUGCCAUAAGCCAAGCUGGUGCAAGUACGGCGACUGUCUUCCUUCAGGUGAUGUCUGCCGAAGACAUACCACCUCCGAUAAUCGAGUUGGGCCCAGCAAAUCAGACGCUUCCUGUCAAAAGCGUUGCUACGUUACCUUGUCGUGCUGUUGGUACUCCAACCCCAAAGGUACACUGGCACAAGGACGGUGUUCUCAUCCAACUAGGAAAUCGUAUCACAAUGGCUAACAAUGGAACUUUAUUCAUCGAUGACCUUCAAAUGAGUGACUCCGGAUUAUAUACGUGUAUUGCGAGCUCAGAAUCCGGCAACACAUCUUGGUCUGCCACAUUGACGGUCAGCACGACGACGACCUUUCACAGAACUCCGGAAAUAUCGGCAUUGCCCCAGAGCCCGAGCAAACCUAGAAUCAUAAACGCUACUAGUAACUCGGUUACUCUGACGUGGAGUCCUGGCAACGAGGGCCAAAGCAAAAUCAUUGGUUAUAACAUCGAGUAUUUCAGUAGCAAUCUGAAUACUGGUUGGGUUGUUGCAGCUACCGGUGUCAUCGACGAUACCUACACCGUAACGGAUUUAAAGCCCGACACCAACUAUGUGUUCCUCGUGCGUGCCGAGAAUAGUCACGGCUUGUCGCUUCCUGGACCGUUGUCCGAUGUCGCUCACACGAGCAGCCUUGAUCAACGGACGGUACCACAGAUAGAAUUGAUUCGCGCGAGGGAUCGGCUUAACAGCGAAAUACUGCACUUGAAGGAAGUCCAACCGUUGAGCAGUACCAGCGUUAAAAUUAUGUGGGACAUACUUGGUGCAGCUGAUUUAGUCGAGGGUCUUUAUAUACGAUAUCGUGAGCUCACCGAGAAGCCAGAAUAUCGUAUGGUAACUGUAUUCAACGCCGGUGCAACUAGUUACGUUCUAACCAAUUUGGAGAAGUACACGAGGUACGAGUUCUUCCUCGUGCCAUUCUACAAAACUAUAGAAGGGAGACCUAGCAAUGUAAAAUUGACUACAACUUUGGAGGAUAUACCGUCUAGUGCGCCGGAAAACGUUCACGUCGGUAUGAUCAAUAUGACUUCUGCGUUUGUACGAUGGUCACCGCCACCGAAAAAUGCACAGAAUGGACAAUUGAUAGGAUACAAAAUUCAAAUAAAGAGCAACAGCAGCAAUAAGAUCUUGGGUCAAAUGUCACUAAACGCUUCUACCACAUCAGUCGUGAUCAACAGUCUCUCGAUGGGUGGACUUUACACAGCACGCGUAGCUGGCUUAACGCGUAUUGGAUUAGGUCCUUUCUCCAAUCCGACUCUCCUGAACAUGGAUCCAGGUCAAUUGACGCAACUUCCACCUCGAACAGAUCCGAGUCACGGCAGCGUCUCCAUCGUACGAGAAACUUGGUUCCUGAUACUCGUAAUUACGAUGGUCUUCACAGUCGUGGCUGCUCUCUUGGGUGCUCUUUACGUGAGACGCAGACAGGCGAUGAGCAAACAAUUAGGUCAUUUAAACGUUCCGGUGAGUACGGCAAAUGACAUAUGUCAGCUGAAUAAGGACACUUUGUGGUUGGAACGUGGCUGGAGACCGUCGAACACUCUUCAGGGUCCCACCGAUAAGGAGUGCGAAACCAAGUUGUUAAAUAAUCAGCAGAUGCUUGCCCCGGGAAUUGUCAGCAUGUCUGGAUCGGAGUACGCCGAGGUCAACUUAACCACGUUUUACAAUUCGAGAAAACAAUUGCAAGCACCACCCGAACCGUACGCUACUACCACGUUGUGCGUUGGCAGUCGAAGUCCGGACUCGAUGGAAACCAGCGGACAGAAAUCAAAUUCUAGCGAUUCCUGCAUGAAACCUGACUACUCCAGUUUGGAUUCGAAUCAAGAACACAACAAAUCGACGAUGUCACCCAGCAGCGACAACACUAGCAGCGUGUAUACCGAUGAGAACGCGGAUAUACAAAGAAGACCACAGUAUAAAAUACCCAUAUCAAACAAUCCCCAAAGUGCUGUAAGCACAAGCGGCACGGCAAUGCCCAACUGGUGCGACAUGAUGCCACCUCCGCCGGAACACCCACCGCCUUCGGGAACGUUAUUGUCCGGAAGAAUGCAGCAACAACAGCAACAACAACAACAACAACAACAACAACAACAGUCGCAACAACAACAGCAGCAACAUCAUCAACAGCAAGUUUCGUUCAGUCCUCACUUAGGCAAGAGGAACAUACAGAAUGACUUGGACGGUUCUGGAUCGUGCAAUUCGCAGAGUCCACCAACACCACCUAUCAGAGCAGGCAACAGUUUCAGUUCCUCACCGACACCUUGGACUGGGCAACCUCCGCACGACAUGGCUGCUUACGCGAACAUGCAACAAAGUGGAAGAUAUACCACGCUUCCACCGCAAACUAAUCCACCCCCCGUACCCUGUUUCCCUCAAGGCUUCAAUCACUACGAUUACAAAACUCAAGAGAACGAGUACGAAAGUGGCUCUGUGAUUUACGGCCAUCACAAUGGCCUCCCCGACAACUAUAGAAAUCACGACAACGCUUUCAGCCGUAUAAACCACGCGAAUCCUCAUAUAGAACAUUCGGUCGCCAUGAGCGACGAUAUUUACAGACGCAACGAUGCGAUAUUCCGUGGUGAAGAUCUCUAUCAGCAGGACAAUGACGAAUGGGAUAGAAAAUCCUGUGACUCCAACACCCACUCGGACAUGUGUUGCUCUUGCUCCGAGUCUAGCUGUCUUUAUGCAGAUACGAUCGAGUAUAACAAUCAAUUCGCGCAAUCCGGAUGUGUUCACAGUAGAAGCGACUCAAGAAGUAGGGACAACAAGAGCCCACGUAGGAGAAACAACAGAGCUUCAUCUCCUGCUUACAGCAGCGACAGUAAUUACUCUUGUAUUCCACAAAGGCAAUGUGGAAGCAUUGGUUCGCAGGAGAGAUCGAGGCAUAAUCGUUGCAAAGACAAAGUGCCUAGCUUCUCCAGGACAGGUAGUUAUCCCCAGCACAGUUCUUCAGCAUCCAAUACGAUGAGCAGCUCCGGAAGUCAGAGAUACAAUAAACUCAACAGUCUCCUCGCGAGUGCAAAUAAUCCAACGGGAGUCUCGGAAUCUAGUCGCCCUUGCGAUCAUCGCGACAGCUAAGUACGAAAGAGAGGAAGAAAGAAAAGCUAUAAAAGUUAGCCUUGACCAACGAGCGGUUGUGGUCGAAGGGACAUUUUGUCUGGCACGUAUCAAAAGUGUGAAGACUCGUGAACGAAAGAACGAACGAACGAACGAACGAACGAAUAAACGAGCGAACGAACAAACGAACGAACGAACGAACGAACGAAGGGACGUUUCGUUUAAAAGAGAAAAAAGAAAUGGAAAAAGUAAUAAUAAAUAAAAAGAUAUAGGAAACGAUCUUACCGACGGAGCGUUUCAAAAGGAAAGAACAAAAUGUGGAAGAAGGAAAAAAAAAUACAAAA